UCUCCCCACACAGCUGAAGUGAAAGCAGCCGCCGACAGUCAGGAAGGUGAAGAGGAGGUGGGGAAACAGACACGGAGACACCGGCGGGACCGUUGUCUUUUUCUCCCACACACUACAUGGAAGCACACACAGCCAGGUGUGUCUUGCUAGCCUCUCAGAUAGCCGUGUCAUGACGCUUUGGAGACAUUUCUCACACAUCUGUACGACGUUGCAGCGAGACUGGAGAAGCACCAACACCCUAUUUGCCCUCCCUAGCCGAAACCAAUGGACCUUAUUCGUGCUCGGUACUGGACCGCUAUGGCUGAGAGAACCUCCACCGGGUUGCUAACGAUGAUGUUGGAGCCCACGCCGGCUGUCGCUAUGACCCUGCCGGCGGAGGUCCGGGAGAAGCUGGCGGAGCUGGAGCUGGAGCUCUCCGAAGGAGACAUCACUCAGAAGGGCUAUGAGAAGAAAAGAGGCAAGCUGUUGGCACCGUACAUCCCACAGAUACAAGGUGUAGAUCCUUCUCUGCAAAUUGACAACAGGAUCCAGGCAUCCUCCCAAGCUGUUCUCCCCGGUUCCAAACACAACAAGUCCCGGGCCGCCAAUACCCGGGAUGAACGCUUCAGAUCUGAUUUGCACACAGAAGCCGUCCAAGCAGCUUUGGCAAAGUACAAAGAGAGGAAGAUGCCAAUGCCCUCCAAGAGACGAUCUGUGUUAGUUCAGUCUUCUGUUGAGGCAUGCACCCCGCCAGACACCUCCUCAGCGUCGGAAGACGAGGGUUCGCUGCGCCGGCAGGGACGUCUGGCCACCUCCACGCCCUACCAGGGCCACGGCCACCCAGCCGUUGAGCACUGGUUUAACCGUGUCAUCCAGGGUUCGUCCACCUCAUCCUCCGCGUCAUCCACCUCAUCCCACCCGGGAGGGAGAUCUGUAACCACCACCAACACCACUGCCCACGCAGCCCUCAACGCCAACGCCGCAGCUACCGCACUGGCCGAUCUCAUGGCACACACCCAGCUAGAUAACCACUCAGCGCCCCCCGAUGUGACGGGGCUGUCGGAGCGCUCCUCGCUUCACGCGGAGCGGCCCCAGGUGGCCUCGGUGCGAAGCGUUUCCCGGGGCUACAACCACCACACCAGCGUCAUGGAGACUGCAGAUGGCUGUGAGUGGAGAGGUGAAGGAUCCCUCAGUUUAAUGGAUGGUGUUCCAGUCAACAGUCGCGUCUCCUCCAAAAUCCAGCAGCUGCUCAACACUCUGAAGAGACCAAAGCGACCACCGUUGCGAGAGUUCUUUGUCGACGACUUUGAGGAGCUUUUAGAUGUCCAGGAGCCAGAUCCCAACCAGCCAAAGCCAGAAGGCCAACAGAUGAGUCCCCUGGAAGGAGAUCAUCUGGGGAUGGUCAACAAGUGGCCACCAUCCUUGCCAGCAGCCUUACAACGUUGGGGCACCACUCAGCCCAAGAGCCCCUGUCUGACAGCACUCGACAAUGUUGGCAAACCUGUCUACACACUCACCUAUGGUAAACUAUGGACUCGCAGUCAGAAACUGGCCUACACUCUUCUUAACAAGCUGAGCACCAGAAAUGAGCCUUUGCUCAUGCCUGGAGACAGAGUUGCACUUGUUUUCCCCAACAACGAUCCAGUGAUGUUCAUGGUAGCCUUCUAUGGCUGCCUCCUGGCAGAGCUGGUACCCGUGCCUAUCGAAGUGCCGCUGACCAGAAAGGAUGCAGGAAGUCAACAGAUUGGCUUUCUGUUGGGCAGCUGUGGCGUCACGUUGGCACUGACCACUGACGCCUGUCAGAAAGGCUUGCCUAAAGCACAAACGGGGGAGGUAGCCACUUUUAAAGGCUGGCCCCGGUUGCUGUGGUUCGUGACAGAUGGAAAACAUGUUGUGAAGCCUCCGAAAGACUGGCAUCCUCAACUACGGGAAGCCAGUAAUGAUAUAGCCUACAUAGAGUAUAAAACCAGCAAGGAAGGAAGCACUAUGGGGAUCACAGUGUCCCAUUCAGCCAUGCUGGCUCACUGUCAUGCCCUUACACAGGCCUGCGGCUACACCGAAGCUGAGACCAUAACCAACGUCCUGGACUUCAAGAGAGAAGCAGGAUUAUGGCAUGGUGUUCUUACUAGUGUCAUGAAUCGAAUGCAUGUGAUCAGCAUUCCUUACUCCCUGAUGAAAGUCAACCCCCUCUCCUGGAUACAGAAGGUCCACACAUACAAAGCUCGGGUUGCAGUGGUGAAGUCGAGGGACAUGCACUGGUCUCUGCUGGCCCAGAGAGACCAGAGAGACAUCAGCCUGAGCUCCCUGCGCAUGCUCAUCGUAGCCGACGGAGCUAACCCAUGGUCGAUAUCCUCCUGUGAUGCCUUCCUCAACGUGUUUCAGGCACGUGGGCUGCGACCUGAGGUGAUCUGUCCAUGUGCCAGCUCUUCAGAAGCCAUGACUGUCGCCAUCCGCAGACCUCCAGAAAUGGGUGUUCCUCCUCCAGGAAAGGCAGUGCUGUCUAUGGGUGGGCUGAGCCACAGUGUGAUCCGUGUGGACACAGAGGAGAAACUCUCUGUCCUUACAGUGCAGGAUGUGGGACAGGUCAUGCCCGGAGCUCUGGUUUGUGUGGUGCGAGUGGAGGGGACACCAUAUGUCUGUCAGACAGACGAGGUUGGGGAGAUCUGUGUGAGCUCAGGAAGCACAGGUGUAGCUUACUACGGCCUCCCGGGUAUGACCAAGAACGUCUUUGAGACCAUCCCCAUAAUAUCAUCUGGGGUUCCCAUCAGUGACAGACCCUUUACCAGGACCUCACUGCUGGGCUUUGUGGGACCAGACAGCCUUGUGUUUGUUGUGGGGAAGAUGGAUGGGCUGAUGGUGGUCAGUGGGCGGAGACACAAUGCUGAUGACGUUGUUGCCACAGCGCUGGCAGUGGAGCCCAUGAAGUUUGUGUACAGGGGGAGGAUAGCAGUGUUUUCUGUGUCCGUGCUGCAUGAUGAGAGGAUCGUUGUUGUGGCAGAGCAGAGGCCAGACGCAUCUGAGGAAGACAGCUUCCAGUGGAUGAGCCGCGUCCUUCAGGCCAUAGACAGCAUCCACCAGGUCGGUGUGUACUGCCUGGCUCUGGUGCCUGCCAACACGCUACCUAAGGCUCCCCUGGGCGGCAUCCAUAUAUCUGAGACCAAACAGCGCUUCCUGGAGGGCGCCUUGCACCCCUGCAACGUCCUCAUGUGCCCUCACACAUGUGUCACCAACCUGCCCAAGCCAAGACAAAAACAGCCAGAGGUCGGUCCUGCUUCUAUGAUAGUGGGCAACCUGGUGGCAGGCAAGAGGAUAGCACAGGCCUGUGGGAGAGACGUGGCCCAGCUAGAGGACAAUGACCAGGCACGUAAGUUCCUGUACAUACAAGAUGUGCUGCAAUGGAGAGCUCAGGCCACUCCAGACCAUCCUCUGUUCCUUGUUCUUAAUGCUAAGGGCACGGUGGCUAGUACAGCUUCCUGUCUGCAGCUGCACAAGCGGGCAGAGCGAGUUGCUGCAGCACUGAUGGGACGCCUCAACACUGGAGACCAUGUAGCACUUGUCUACCCGCCAGGAAUCGACCUGAUUGCCACCUUCUAUGGCUGCCUGUAUGCUGGCUGUGUGCCAGUCACUGUCAGACCCCCGCACCCCCAAAACUUGGCGACCACCCUGCCCACCGUCAAGAUGAUUGUUGAGGUCAGUAAGUCAGUGUGUAUCCUGACCACUCAAGCAAUAAUGAAGCUGCUGAAAUCCAAAGAGGCUGCUGCUGCUGUGGACAUCAAGAGCUGGCCCAUGGUGCUGGACACAGAUGACCUCCCCAGGAAGAAGAGUCCCCAGAUGUACAAGCCCCCGACCCCAGAGAUGUUAGCUUACCUGGAUUUCAGUGUGUCCACAACAGGCAUCUUAGCAGGGGUCAAAAUGUCUCAUGCUGCCACCAGUGCCUUGUGUCGCUCCAUCAAACUGCAGUGUGAGCUCUACCCAUCCCGACAGAUCGCCAUCUGUCUGGACCCCUACUGCGGCCUGGGGUUCGCUCUCUGGUGCCUGUGCAGUGUGUACUCAGGCCACCAGUCGAUCCUGGUUCCCCCUCUGGAGCUGGAGAGCAAUGCGUCUCUGUGGCUCGCGGCAGUCAGCCAGUACAAAGUGCGCGUCACCUUCUGCUCGUAUUCAGUCAUGGAGAUGUGCACCAAGGGCCUGGGUUCACAGACAGAAGCACUGCGGUUGCGAAAUGUGAACCUGUCUUGCGUGCGUACAUGCAUGGUGGUAGCAGAGGAAAGGCCCCGGAUAGCACUCACGCAGUCCUUCUCAAAGAUCUUCAAGGACUUGGGGCUUUCGCCACGAGCCGUCAGCACCACCUUUGGCUGCAGGGUGAAUGUGGCAAUCUGUUUGCAGGGCACAGCUGGACCGGACCCCACUACUGUUUAUGUAGACAUGAGAGCUCUUCGACAUGAUAGGGUUCGCCUUGUAGAGAGAGGGUCUCCGCACAGCUUGCCACUGAUGGAGUCUGGGAAGAUCCUUCCAGGAGUGAAGGUGAUCAUUGCCAACACAGAGACUAAAGGACCAUUGGGAGACUCCCAUCUAGGAGAGGUCUGGGUGAGCAGUCCUCACAAUGCCACAGGCUACUACACAGUUUAUGGUGAGGAGGCGCUGCAUGCUGACCACUUCAACACCAAGCUCAGCUUCGGCGACACUCAGACUGUCUGGGCGAGGACGGGCUACCUCGGCUUCCUGCGGCGCACUGAGCUGACUGAUGCCAGUGGAGAGCGCCAUGACGCCCUCUACGUGGUGGGCUCUCUUGAUGAGACUCUGGAGCUGAGGGGCAUGAGGUAUCACCCAAUUGACAUCGAGACCUCUGUUAUCCGUUCUCACAAGAGCAUAGCUGAAUGUGCUGUGUUCACAUGGACCAACCUCCUUGUGGUGGUUGUGGAGCUGGAGGGAUCAGAGCAAGAGGCCCUGGACUUGGUGGCCCUGGUCACCAACGUUGUCCUGGAAGAGCAUUACCUCAUCGUAGGGGUGGUGGUGGUGGUCGACCCCGGCGUCAUCCCCAUCAACUCCCGAGGGGAGAAACAACGCAUGCACCUCAGAGACGGAUUCCUGGCCGAUCAGCUGGACCCAAUAUAUGUGGCUUACAACAUGUGAGGGCCCUGCUGCGGGCAGGGUGCUUACACCUCCAUGUAGCUUAUCACACAACAGGAGAAAGCAGGACAGUAAAUAUGGGGCUUAUAAUUGAUGCAAGCCCGAUGUCAGUAUGGCUUCUGUUGAAAGAAAGCAAGCUGACCUCCUCUUUCAGCUCUCGGAGUGGAAAUAUGAAAGAAAACGUGGAUGCAAAACUACAUACGUAAACAUUUUUUGACUUAUCUAAAAUGGAGUGAAAUUCCAAGAGAAAUGAGUGACAGAAACUUCAUGUCUGUUUCUCCCUGUGAUUUCUUGCCUCAACAAAUAAUGUUUCAAUGGGCAUUCUGGUUUUGUUGACGUGAGUUUUGUAUUUAUAACGUCUGACUCUCUAAACCCAGGACACCCGAUAGCAGCCCAGCAGGUGGUUAUAGUAUAAUACUACACUGUGCCAUUAACAUAAUUUACUUUGUCAGUCUCCAGAAAUGUUGUUUGCCACGCACUUGUGCCAUAGAACGGGACAGAUGGCAGUACCAUAACCCUAUGUUUCAUGUUCACAGAGCCUCCUGUGCCAUUGCAGGUUGUAUGCUUUUCAUAGAAAAAGUCUAUCCCACGUACAUCAGCUCUUCAAAUUAUGGUUGCAGCCAUGUUAUUGUGUCAACAAAGAAGCACACAGCAGUGUUGGUCGAGGGGGCAGUUGGUGUUAUUUGUUGCUCAUUCCAGCAGUAGUGCUUUAGUUUUUGGUGUCAAUAACAGAAACCUUAGAAAUAAUGUUGUGGUUUGACUCAAUCUCAUUCUUUUCUCUAUCUAAAAUGUGUAAUAUAGUUGUUGUUUUAUCUGAACAAAAUGCAAUAUGAGUGAUGUGAAAGAUGUUGCUUUGAAUGACAGCAGACAGUAAGUGCCGAUCAUUCGAAGUCAUGAGAUGGUGGGGAGUGUAAUCGUUGCUUACUAUUAGCAACGUGCCAAAUGAUAUGAAUUAAGCCUUAAGUGUUAUUUUUUAGAUGCCUGUUCCUAUCCCAGCUCCUGUUUAACUUAAUUUUGUGAAGUUUAUCAGCUGUUGGAUAGGGAGGGAAUAUGCAGAGGGAGGUUAGGUAUGGUAAAUCCUGCUUUUAUUGCACCCAAAGUCUUGAUCUAAGAUGAAUAUACUUGAUCCUAACAUCAGCCAUUACAAACACACACACAUUCUCCAUAAAUAUUUUUAAUAAUGUUUGUCCCUAUUGUCAGCUGUGUUGAAUGUGUUUUAUAGCAAAAGACUGGAAUAAAUCGUAGUUGAUAUGGGUUUGAUGCAGAAAGUUAUAGCCUCAUUAUGAGAGCCAUAAGGUUGAAUGAGAGUUGAAAAAUGUUGUUAGUUGCAUGUACCGUAUGAGGCAAGUGUCUAAUAUGCUCGUAACACCAUAACCUCCCACCUUAUUAUUACUUUGUAAAGAUUCACUUCCCUGUAUGUUGCUUCUUUUUUUCUAUGUGCACAUCCCUUCAGAAACAGGCUCCAGCCUGUUGUAAGUAUGUACAGGUUUUUGUGUAAAUUAUUAAUAGAUUGAGGAGACGACAGGAAGCAUUACACAAAGACUGAAUCUGGUAUAUAUGUGAAGUUUCUCCCCCACAAACAAAAAUUAUUUGAAAUGUAUUCUCAUGUGUGGACAUUGGGAUGAGACAUGAAAAGCCUUGUGAACAUUUUUAUAGUAUGAAAGUACAGUGGGAACUGGCCACUUCCAGGGUGAGACGAAGCACACUCCGAGCACAAGGAAGAGACAGUUAUGCUCUGGUAACUGCUGAGAUGUCACAUCCUCCAGAGCAAACUUUUGUUGUUAACAUAUGGAAAGAUACAUUUGUCUGAUAUAUGGUUAGUUGUCAUUAUUUUCAUAACAUGAUUUCUUAAUGAAUAAAAAAGUGCUUUUAACUUGAAA